AUGAAAAUGAAAGCUGGGAGCAACCAGCUUAAAUCUGUGGUGCUUGUUUUUAUAUUUAAUUCAUUUUUUUACGCAAGUUAUCAACUGAAGGAACUGCAGGUAUGUGAGCUCUGUAGCGGCUCGGUCCUCAAUGGCACCGCCGUGGGCCGGUUUUGCUCCUCGUCCGCUGGUCGGAUAGAAGGACGGUGCUGCUUGAAACAUGUCAACACACUCUACACUGAACACAUCAUUGGGUUGGAUCUGUCCAAUUGUUCACUAACUCACGUGGAGGAUCUUCAUGGAGCAGCAACAGCAUUAAUGAUAGACCUCUCAAUCAAUCCCCUUGUCAAUAUCAGUGACACAGCAUUUCAAGGAUUUCUUGAGUUGGCUCAAAUGAUUUUGCCACGAGACAUAGGUUGUCCAGGGGGCAACGAUUAUUGGGAAAAGGUGCAGGUCGAAGGGGAAAAUCGCAUUUGUGAAGGCCCGAAAGAUAUGUGCAAUCAGACCAGCCAGCUGUCCAUGAACUGCCCAGAGAACUCCCUCUGUGCCCCCUAUGGCCCCAGCUUCGUUGAGUGCAGCUGUGUAGACAGCUUUCAUGGAUACAAGUGUCUUCGAGAGGGGGAUUUCCCUGUUCUCCUGGUGCUUGGGUCUCUUUGUGCGUCAACGGCUGGGAUCUCCUUCCUGCUGUGGCUCACGCAGAGACGCCAUGCCGUAGCCCCGACUCCUGUACCUGGAACGAUCAACUGAGCUGAAACUGAAAGGGAACUUACUGACUAAGUCUGAGCUGACCCCAGGCUUCUUUUAAACAGUUUUAUUUUUACUUUAUUGAGGUACAUUUUAAUUUAUUUUAUCAGUGCAAUUUUAGAAAUAUAUUUCAACAUUUUUCUCAGUUUGAAAUAGUUUUUAAAUAUUUGGCAAUACUACACCACUGUUACAAUUUAUAAUUUAAUUUUUUUUAAUGUAUUUGACUGACGAGAGAUAAUAGUGAUUGUAAGAACAUUUUGAAGAUCUGCUUGCUGUUAAUUGUGCCAACCAUGCACUGAAUGUGUGAGUCGACGCGAUGGAACUAAGUGUCCUGCACAUUUGAGGACAUCCGUAGAAUUGUUUACUCCAUGUUGAAUGUGUAAUUUACUCAGAGCAACAACAAAAAAGUGGGAUUCACUCUAUGAAUCGUGAUGUGAACCAUCAAAAUUAAGAUUUGCUCUAUGAAGCUGUUUCAAAAAAAUGAGAAAUUUAGUUUAACUAAAUGACUUAAGUGUUUACUUUUAUGCUGUGACCACAUCAGUGUUAGUCCUGCAAGAGGAAACUAGUGAGUUUCACUUUUUCAUUCAGGUUGCUAAUAAAACAUUUCAAAUAUU